GUCAAAGUAGGUUUUUUAGUAGGAAUUGAAUACUCUUCAAACAGGAGAUACUCUAUUACGGGUCCAAUUCCUUAAUUAAAAUUUGUGAUCAAUUUAAAUUGAGACCAGCUGGCUUCAUUUUUGACUAUAUGACAAUGGCAUCAUACCAUCCACAAGAUAUUCUUGCCAAGGUUCCUGAAGACAGACAACUUACUGUUAUCGCCAACAACAUCGGAAGCAACUGGGAAAUGCUGGCAGCUUACCUUUUUGUAGAUGGUUCAACUGUUGUAGUAGACCAGUUAGUAGGAGAACAUCAAAGAAGUUCAAUGCGUGUAUAUUAUUUACUUCUGAGAUGGAGAUCUGAAGCUGAAGAUGCAACACUACGAGCAUUGUUUGGUAAAAUGCAGAAAUGUGGGCCUUUGAAUGUUACUUGGGUCAAAAUAGCCAAAGAAUUAGGUGUUUCAGUGGAAGACAUUUUAGCAUGCAAAGAGAUGUAGAAAGUUUCGUCCACUACAGGUACUGGUGCAGUAGAUGGGAAAGUGUCUUCAAAAGAAAAUAUACAUAAAAAACUCUGGGGCACAUCUCGUUUGUUUUUUGUUUCAACAAAUUGUAAAUAAGUUUAUACGUAUCUGACAGUUUGCUCAGCAUACCUCAGUGUUUUUGAUCAAUAUUUCAAUCGUACCUUUUAAGUAUUCAUCUACAUAUCUUUUUAUAUCUUGGGGAACAAUUAUAUGUUCCUUUUGUUACUCUAUGAAAAUAUGUGACAAAAUCAUUUAUCUGCGAUAUCUUCAAUUAAUCUGAUCAAGCUAAUUCGUAUUCAUGCUCAUAAUCAAUAAUUAAUGAUAAAUAAUCAUGUUCUGUCUUUCUUGUUCUAUCAGUAUCAUGGACCACGGAAAUACGGGAUGUAACUUUUUGUCUUAUUCUAGGUACAUUGUAACAUUAUCUACAACUCAUACUCAUAUUUUAUAUAAUUUUAUGCAUCAUAAGCGUCCAGGCAUGUUACAUAUGAUAUACGUAAAUAAAUACGUAAAUAAAUAUGU